UUUUACCUCCAAGAAGGAAAUUUCCCUCGCCGGCCGCUGCCGCUGAAAUCAUUUGAGGCCACCGUAUCGGUUUCAUCUUAGAAAAUUAGGUCCAUUGAAGUCUUUUGGUAGCUUUAAUACUCUGGUUAGAUCAUGGAAGACGACGACGAUGCUGCACCACUUGCAGUUCAGAUUGACGGAAUCAACGAAGCGAAUUCAUUGGAAUCAUCUGAAACCUCCGAGAAUCGAAGAAUAAACACUGAAGGUUCGGUCGGUGUCACCAUUAUUACCGGUUAUCUUGGAUCUGGAAAAUCAACUCUUGUUAAUUUCAUAUUGAAUGCUCAACAUGGUAAGAAGAUUGCUGUAAUCUUGAAUGAGUUUGGUGAGGAGAUUGGAGUCGAGCGGGCAAUGAUAAAUGACGGUGAAGGUGGUGCCCUCGUCGAGGAAUGGGUGGAGCUAGCAAAUGGUUGCAUUUGUUGUACCGUUAAGCAUAGUUUGGUUCAAGCGUUAGAACAACUCGUGCAAAGGAAGGAUAGACUUGAUCACAUCUUACUAGAGACCACAGGAUUGGCAAACCCUGCCCCUCUUGCAUCCAUUCUUUGGUUGGAUGAUCAACUAGAAUCAGCUGUCAAACUGGACUCUAUUAUUACUGUUGUGGAUGCAAAAAACCUUCGACUGCAGCUCAGUAAGCAUAGUGGUUCAUCUUCAUUUCCUGAAGCAUUUCUUCAAAUAGCAUUUGCGGAUGUGGUAAUUCUUAAUAAGGUUGAUUUGGUCUCUCCUGAGGAUUCCAAAUUGACAAGUGCAGAUGUUCUAGAAGAACUCGAAAAGGAGAUCCAUGAAAUUAAUUCUCUUGCAAAUAUCAUCCGUUCUGUCCGGUGCCAGGUUGACUUGUCCAAGAUAUUGGACUGCGGGGCCUAUGAUGCCAUGCAUGUUACUCACUUGGAAGCUCUGUUGAAAGAGAGCCAGUCUAUGUCUACCGUGAAUGUUCAUAACAGUGGGGUGCGAACCUUGUGCAUUUCUGAUCAGCAUAAGGUUAAUCUUGAUAAGUUCCGUGUAUGGCUUGAGGAGAUUCUCUGGGAGAAGAGUUAUAACAUGGAUGUCUAUCGCUGUAAAGGGGUUUUAAGUGUCCAAAAUUCAGAUCAACUGCAUAUUUUACAGGCUGUAAGGGAGAUAUAUGAGAUUGUUCCAGCUCGCAGAUGGCAGGAGGGAGAGAGUCAGAUGACCAAGAUUGUGUUUAUAGGUCAAAAUCUAGAUGAAGGUAUUCUCAGGGACACCUUCAGAGCUAGCACUUGAUCAACAUGAUAGUUUAUUUCAACAACAACCAAAUGUCUUCUGUAGCUCUUCAAUUUCCUCUCGGGUGCUAUGUUUCCUUAAAAUUAGGGGUUCUUAUUGGGUCAGGCUGUGCAGAACCAGAUUCAAUCCAACUGGAGCUUUAAAUUGGAGCCAACAAAUGUGUUCAAGUGGUUGCUAAAGUGAACAGGAGAAGAUCCUUAGCCAUAUGAGCCCCCACACCAUGCUCAUCGUGUCAUAAGAAUAGUAGUUAUCCAUUGGUUUCAAUAUUAGUUAUCUUUAUUUCUACCAAAAAAAAAAAAAAAUAUUAGUUAUCUUUCCAUUAUAAUAAUAAAUAAUGUAUUCCUUACAAACUCAAUUUAUCUAAUGAUUUGAAUAUUAGUUAUCUUUCCCUUACAAUUUAUAACAUGAACACAUCAAAUCAAUUUCUUA